AUGCACGGCCGCACCACGCCCGCGCAGGCGCUCGCCAACCCGCACAACGGCGAUCUCGACAUGCUUGAGGCCAUGAUGGACCGCAUGCACCACCGCGGCUCGUCCUCGCCCGGCUCGACGUCCGCCUUCCCUGCCCGCCCCUCUUCCCGGGCAUCCUCCUCCUCUCGCCUCUCGCACCAUUCCUCGAGCCGCUCCCUCCAUUCCCUCCAGUCGUCCCACGCCGUCUCCGGGCCGUCGUACGACUCGCGUCAUGCGCGCACUGCCUCGGGCCUGUCGGACCAGCGCGCCAGCCUCGACGACGACCGCACGCCGUCAGUCGCGCAGGGCGAGUGGGGCUCGAGCCGGCACGGGUCCGGCUCGAUCCGCAGCGCGAUACCGAGCUCGAGCCGGUACCAGCCGUCCGAUGACGCGGCGAGCGCGCACAGCCUGCAGUCGCGGGCGGCGCAGGUCGGCGUCGGCGAGGACCCGAGUCGGCAGCAGCAGCAGCAUCCCGCCGCCACGUUCGCUCGCCCCGAGCCGACCUCGUUGCGCACACGACCCCGCACGGCGACCUCGCCGAUCCCGUUCGAGCGCAGCAGCAGCCCCCUGCGCCUCCUGCCGCGCUCGCCGACCAACGACCGCACGCCGCUCGAGGACCUCUCCUUCUUCCGCGAGGUCGGCGCGCUCGUCGGCGACGACCCGCGAUGGGACGAGCCGCUCAUGAGCCCGCGCCGGCUCGACGCCGACGACAGCGACUCGAUCCGCAGCGGGACGAGCAGCGUCCUGAGCGGGCCCCGCUCGUCGAGCCUGCGCGCCGCUCGCCUGCGCGAGGACAUCGAGAAGGAGGCGCUCCGCAUCAAGGAGCGCGCGAGCCUCGAGGAGUUGCGGCGCAACGCGGCAGCGGCGUCGGCCGUCGCGGCGGGCCACCGCGCCGUCACGCCCGACCCGCCCUCUCGGCACUCGUCGUCCUCGUCGCCACCGCCUCAAGCCGCCCUGCAGCAGCGCGAGUCGUUCCAGGGCAGCAUGUCGGGCAUCCCGUUGUACCCGGGCGCGCCCGUCCCGUCGGCGUCUUCCCCGUCAUCGUCGUCUGCCGCUCGGCCACCACCCGCUGCCGACUCGCGGUCGGUGCGCUCGCUCGGCUCGACUGCGACCGCGUCCGGCUCGGGCCCGACGGCCGGUGCGCAGGGCAGCUCGUCGGCCUCGGUCAAGACGAGCGGCAGCGGGUCGUACGCUGCGAGCGGGAGCCCGGCGAGUGGGAGCGGCGGCGCGAGCGCGAGGACCGAGUACGGCGCGAGGAGCGACCGGUCGCGGCAGACGCAGAGCAGGGAGUGGAGCCAGACGUGCUGGGUGUGGGUCAGGGACAAGGGCUCGGCGAGCGUCACGGGCGGGAGCAGCGGCUCGAGUGGCGGGGGCAGGUUCAGCAAGGCGCCGCUCAUCCGCGACGUCCCGGCGGCGCUCAAGCGCAAAGGCGGCAAGCGCGAGUCGGCGCACCACCUCCUCUCGCCCGCCGAGGCGCUCCUCUUCAACGUCGACGACAGCCUCGCGGGCAAGGGCGGCAAGUCGAGCUCGAAGGACAAGGACAAGGGGCGGGAGAAGGCCGUCCUUGGGCCGGCGGCGGCCUCUCGAGACGGGCGGUGGAGGAGGGCGACGGGCGUGCUGCGCGACGAUGGCUACUUUCGGGUCUUUGGCGAGAGCGACAAGGCGGUCGUGCACAACGUCCACCUGCCCUCGCUCGGCCGGUCCGACGUCCGCCUCGUCGACCACUCGCUGUUCGGCCGCCCCAACUGCAUCUCGAUGUCGCGCUCGCACGCCGCACCUCCCACGCCGCACCGUCACUCGUUCAGCCCGUCAGCAUCGUCCCUGCCCUCGCCACCCCGACUCGACGAGACGGUGUACCUGUGCUUCCCCUCGGUCGUCGCGACCCAGGUGUGGCUCGUCAUGGCGCAGUGCUUCGCCCGCCCCGAGUUCUACCUCUCGUCGGGCGCAGCCGCGCCUCGGCCGCUCCGCUCGGCCGUCGCCUCGGACAGCGGGACCGACAGCGCCGACGACGACCGACCAGACGAGCUCGAGUCGGGCUGCCGCAUCUUCCGCAGCCUGCACCUGUCGAUCGCCGAGGGACGAGCACUCGGCGAGCUCGCGACCGAGGUCGUGCGCCCCGGGCCCAAGUCGUCGUGGGAGCGGCCGGUCAUCGACGACGACUCGACGCUCAGCAACAUCGACUCGUACUCGCACUCGUUCGCGACGCCGGGCAUGGAGCCGUCGCCGUCCAAGUCGGUGUCGUCGAUGUCGCUCCCGCGGUUGGCGUCGCGGCACGGCCAGGACGGCCGAGACGGCGGUGGCGGCGGCGGCAGCAGCAGCAGCGGCUCGAGCGCCGCCUACUGCGAGAUCGAGAUGGGCGGCGAGGUCAUCGCCCAGACGUCGGUGCGCAAGGGCUCGUCGCCGUACUGGAACGAGUCGUUCGUCUUCAGCGACCUGCCGCCGUUCGUCGCGCCGGUCACGAUCCGGGUCCUCCAGAUGGCCAAGCACUCGUCGCGCCCGGUCCUCAUCGGCUCGGCGACGGUCCGCAUUCCCGACCUGCCGCGGCAGCAGUCGAUCGAGGACUGGUGGGCCGUCAAGCCGCCAACGUCGACCAAGUCGUCCGACGUCGUCGGCGAGCUGAGCCUCGGCGUCCGCGUCAACGAGGAGGUGGUCCUGCCGAGUCGCGACUACGACGCCAUGCUUCAGCUCCUCUCGGACGACGCCGACGCCGACCUCGCGACCGACAUCGCCCACGAGUUCCCGUCCGACCUCGAGGAGGUCACCAGGACGCUCAUGCGCAUCUACCAGGCCGAGUCGGUCCUCCUGUCGCGCAUCCUCCGCCUCGCCGACCUCGAGAUCGACCACAACGCGCUCAGCCAGCGCUCGGCCGCCAUCCUGUUCCGCGGCAACAGCAUCCUCACCAAGUCGGUCGAGCUGUACCUGCGGCUCACGGGCGCCGAGUACCUCGACGCGUCCAUCGGCGAGGUCAUCCGCCGUAUCGUCGCCGAGAAGGUCGAGAUCGAGAUCGACCCGAUGAAGCUGCGCCCGGGCACCAAGGACAAGGAGCUGCAGCACAACGUGCACCUCUUGCGCGAGUGGGCCCUCACGCUCUUCCACGCCAUCUACGACGCACGAGAAAAGUGCCCUCACGACCUGCGCCAGAUCUUUGCCCACAUCCAGGGCGCUGUCAUCGACAAGUACGGCGAGGGCGAGGACCAGAAGAACACGCGGUGGACCUGCGUCAGCGCCUUCAUCUUCCUGCGCUUCUUCGUCCCCGCCGUCCUCAACCCCAAGCUCUUCUUCAUCGUGCCCGGCCCGCCCGACCCCAAGUCGCAGCGCACCCUCACGCUCGUCGCCAAGACGCUCCAAGGGCUCGCCAACUUUUCCUCGUUCGGCCAGAAGGAGCCCUGGAUGCUCCCGAUGAACGCGUUCGUCCAGGACAACACGGCCGCCCUCGUCGACUUUAUCGAGCACGUGUCGACGCCGGCGCCGUCGACGGCGUACCGCCAGGAGUGGACGUCGCCGAACGCGGCGGCGUACCUCGCGCCGGCCCGGCUGCGCAGCUCGCUGCCGCCGCUCGGCAAGGAGGGCGUCCCGCUCCUGCCGCACCUCAUCGACCUCCCGCGCGAGCUUGGCGUCCUCGCGACGCGCAUCGCCCGCCUCGCGGCCGACAAGGGCCCGCUCGCCGACCUGACCUCGUUGUCCGGCGGCGGCGGCGGCGAGAGUCGGUGCGAGACGCCCUCGGUCGCCUCAUCCCGAGGCGGGCGCUCACGCCGCUUCGUCGAGCUCGUCGAGACGUGCAUCGACGUACACGUCGAGUCGAGGCGGCGCGGCGGCGGCCUCGUGUCGCUCCCGCCGUACGAGGACCUGCGCAACCGCACGCCCGACCCCAAGACGCGCACGCGCCGGCUCAUGACGGGUCGGCCCGCCAUCGCCGACCAGUACUCGUCGGCUGCGGGCCUGCGCAAGGCGCUCGGUGUCCCGCCGCUGCCCCGCACGUCGUCGUCGGCCUCGUCGGGCGCCGGCGCCGGUGUCGGCGCAGGCGCAGGAGCGGGUGCGGGCCCGAGCACCGCCGCGAGUGCCACGGUCGACGGCGACGAGCUGCACAUCCGCAACCCGGCGUCGAACGGCACUGGCCCGUCGCCGCCGCCCGACGUGCGCGACGAGCUGCGGCCCGCACCUCGGCCUCGCGAGGAGAGCGAGACGAGCGUGCACUCGACGGCGUCGCGCCGCACGCACCGCGGCUUCACGAUCAACGGCGCCGACUCGCCCGGCGUCGCCGGCCUGCGCCACAGCGGCGGGUCGUACCCGACCAAGUCGUUCUCGACCGAGGACUUGUCGCUACUCGCGUCGCUCCAGACGGGCGACCUCGACGCGACGACGCCUCGCCGCGACGCACCAGCACCUUUCCUCGUCAGCAGCCAGACGAUGUCGAGCCUGGCAGGCUACGGCGCCGUCGUGCGCAACUCGCUCGACGACGAGGAGGCCGACUCGCGCUCGAGCAGCGUGCGCUUGCCCGGCGACGCUUCGGCGGCAGGGUACGCCUUCCCGCCGGCCAAGACACGAGUCGUCACGCGUGGCGACCCGGCCUCGGCGGCGACGGCGACGGCGGCGCCCAGCUCGUCGGGUCGGUCAAAGAGCUCGGCCUCGUCGACCCGGUCGAGCCAGAUCCCGCCGACGGUUCCGACAAGCCGGAUCCGCAUCACGCAGGAGACGACGACGACGACGACCUACGUGUCGGACCCGGCUCCUCCCGCCGUCGUCGGCGCCGUCGAGUUCGGCACGCAGCACCGGCGCUCGGUCCCCUACGACGACGACACGUCGCUCGCGCCGACGAGCCCGGACGAGGGCACGCCCUUCGAGUCGUCGUUCGGCACGUCAGCCUUUUCGGCGCCGCUCAUGCGCGCCAACCCGAGCCAGUCGUCGCAGCACUCGAUGCUGAGCGUCCUGAGCGGCCGCAGCCUCGCGAGCUCGGCGAGCACGGUCAGCAUCUCGGCAGAGAUCACCGCCGGCCCUGGGCCCGCCGCGUCGUCGUCUUCGUCGUCGGGAGCUGCCGCUGCGAGCGCUGCGGCCGUCGUCGGGCGCCGGGCGAGCUCGGCGGGCAUGAGCCUCGCCGGCAUGGGCCGGCGGGCGACGGGGAGCGUGAGCGGGCCGGCGGGUGGCGCGGGCAUCUCGACGCUGCGAGACGACCAGAGUGACGGCGGGAGCAGUGGAAGGGGAGGAGGGGCGCGGCCGAGCGGCAGCAAGGGCGGGCUGCUCAGCAGGGCGAUGGGGCGCAAGGGCUCGCACGCGAGCUAG